AUGCACAAAAUAUUAGAGUUUCAAGCUGUUGUUCUGGCUGCUGGAAGGGGUUCCAGGUUACCAGAUGUUGGAGGAACCGUCUCUAAGUGUCUAUUACCUGUCGGUGCUUAUCCCUUACUAUGGUAUUCUUUGAAUAUGCUGGAGAGAGUUGGAUUUCAAGAAACAAUGGUUCUAGUGCUUGAUGAAGACAAAUCCAGCAUUUUGAGCGCUCUCGAGAAAUGUCCAUUAAAGAUUAAAUAUGAAUUAAUUGUGAUACCUGCUGAAGAAGAUUGGGGUACUGCUAAUUCCCUAAAGCACAUCAGUAGCAGAGUAACAACAGAUCUAGUUGUUGUAUCUGGGGACUUAAUAUCCAAUAUUAACCUUAAUGACGUCCUGAACCUUUACAGGAAACAUGAUGCUGUUCUAGCCUCAUUAUUCUUCAAUAAUGGCCCUGAAGAAUGGAUAGAAUUACCUGGAAUUAAAACCAAAGCAAAACCAGACAGAGACCUAGUCUGUAUCGAUAAGGACACAGAGAGACUGUGUUUCUUAGCUAGUGCCAGUGAUUUUGAAGAGAAUGUCAAAAUACCAAGAUUACUAUUGAAGAAAUUCAACUCAAUAUCCAUGUUUAGUAGGCUUUUGGAUGCACAUGUAUACGUCAUUAAACACUGGGUGAUAAAUUAUCUAGUUGAUAUGGACAAGUUCACGUCCUUGAAAGGUGAACUGAUUCCACAUCUGAUUAAGAAACAGCUGGCAAAGCCUAAAAAGCUCCUAGAAAAGAAAGGAACGUCAGAACGGAAUGUUGAUGUAAAUAAAGAUAUAUUUGAUUAUGCUGUAGAAUCAGGAUAUGAAACUCAGAUUAGACAGAUGUCAGCUUAUAAUGACCACAAGUUAGGCAAUAAGGGUGUCUAUGGUGGAGAUAUAAUUAGAUGUUAUGCGCACAUACCACCUAAGAACACUUUUGGAAUUAGAGUGAAUACAUUAUCGGCGUACUAUCUCUCUAACAAUAAGAUUCUAACAAAAUGGGAAGAAAUAACAGGCCUACCGUUAUAUGACAAAAUACAUCCAAACAGUGAUGUUAAAACUAAACAGAUAGAUGAGAUUAGUACAGUUGGAGACAAGAGUAUAGUAAGCGAGAAGACAUCUAUCAAAGAAACAUUUAUUGGUUCAAAUUGUACAAUAGAGAAUAAAGUUAGGUUAACGAAUUGUAUAUUGAUGAACAAUGUUACAAUUAAAGAAGGAUGUGUUCUUCAAGACUGUAUAAUAUAUACAGGCGCUACAGUUGAUACAAACUGUUCAUUGCAAUAUUGCUUAGUUGGGCCGCAUCAUUUAGUCCCAACUACAACAAAAGGAAACCAUCAAUUGCUUGCUGAGAUCACGGAUAACAUGAUAACUCUGGGUUAA